GUACAUUGGCAGGUGCUGCGGGGGCAGAGGCGCUGCCGGCAGCCGGUACGGGAGAGGGGCGCGGCGAGAAUAAGCGACCCCGGGCGGCAUGGGCAGCAGCGCCAGCAGCCACGGCGGCAGGAGGGUGUCCUUCGGGCUGGACGAGCGGGAGCAAGUCCGGGUGCUGCAGGGCAUCAGGCUCACUGAAGAUGUGGUGAACCGAAUGAGAAGGCCCUCUCUAAGUAGAAAGGACACCCAGAGAUCUCCCCGUGCAUCUGAUGGCACAGCUCCAUCUUUACUGGCUGUGGGAGUGGUACCCAAAGCUACAGGAAUUCAGCCACCAAAGGCAAAUGACUCUGCUGCAGAGCAUGAACUCUACAGGAGGUAUGUGGAAGAGCAGGCACUGGUCCAAGAGGAGUUGCUCUGGCUAGCCAAAAGAGAAAGGGAAGCAGCCAGUGAGGCCAAGGAAAGAAGCAGCAUUCUUGAGGAGAGGCAGAAAACAGCCCAGCUGCCUGUGGAUUUGGACGCCUGGGCUAUGCAGCUGCAAGACAGAGAGGCAGAGUUGAAGCUACAAGAGAACUUCUAUAAAGAGCAGUUGGCCCGCAUUGAGAAGAAGAAUGAAGAGAUCUACAAGAUGACAACUGAGCAGUAUCAGGAGGCAGCCACCAAGGCAGAGGAACGGAUAAAGAAGAGAAAUGCUGAUCCUGUCUGUGUAAACCUGCAGUCUGAAAUUCUGAAGUGCUUCCGAGAAAACAAAAGUGCAGUGCUCAAUUGCUCGGAGCUGGCGAAGGAAUAUCAGCGCUGUGUUAGUGCAGCUCAGAAGGAGCUGUUAGUUAAUUCUGGAUAAACAUCAUCCGCCAAAGAGCAGAGGACAGGGACCACAGACGCCCUUGGAAGCCCCAGCAUCCUUCUGGACAGACACUGACCAAAACCAGUGCCUUCUGCUCUCCACGACCUAGACAAUACAGCAUGAUUCCUCUUCUAACUGCCUGCAGGCAUCAGCCUCGGUGAAUGUUCCUGGAGUUGGGAGAAAGGUCCCAGGAGCAGGGGAUGCUGUAGUUUAUUUUCAUUGUUUUGCAAUGUGAAGAACUGUGUUGACCCCAAGUGCUUCCAGCACAGCUUGUAGCUUGGGGUUUUGCCCCAACAUAAGCUGGGUUCACCCAGUUCUAACUUUGGUUUCACCAAAGCUGUUGCCUUUGUUUGUUUGCUCUGGAGAAAGAAGUAUUUGGAAGUAACCCUGAGCAGCUUGUUAGAAUUAGCUGUUCCUAGCAUGCUGCCAUUGGUUGCACCAGCAGGCACAUUCCUUCCCUUCCAAGGUUCCCUCCUAAACAAUAAAGUGUUUAACGGUGA